AUGAGUUUUACCGACAAUCCUCCUCAAACCAAAAGAGCUUUAUCACUAGACGAUUUGGUAAAUCACGACGAGAGUGAAAAGGUCAAAUUACAAAAACUAAGUGAGACAGCUGAUGGAAACAGACCUCUUACUGAGAAUUCAGAACCAGAUUCAAAUCAAGUUUCAUCGGACCAAGCUGCUGCAAUUGUCCAUUACGAGGAUAAUAUUGGUGAUGAGUCGCGGCCACAUAAACAUAAAUCACGUAGAUCUUCGGCAGAUGAUGAAGAAACUGAUACAGAUGAUGACAUGGGUGCAAGUGGAGAAAUUAAUUUCGAUUCUGAAAUGGUUUUUGACUAUGAUAAACAACACAGAAAGAGGUCAUCCCAUGGAAUUACUCUCACAGAUGGUGCCGCUGACCCUAAGGUCAAGUCAGAAAAGCUUUCUAGUGAUAUAAUACCUCCUAAAAUCAAGAAUGAUGAAGAACAGGAAAUACCGAAACAAAGUAAUGAUGGGAACAGCACGAACAAGCAUAUAGCCCAAAUACCGCUACAAAAGCAGAAUCAACCUGCAGAUAUACUAGUCGGAAAUCCAAUUGAUAGUACAGUCAAAAAAGAAGAAGAAAAAAACGCAGCGGUCAAUAACAUUUUUGAAGAAAAAGCCACUUUACAAUCUAAAAAGAAUAAUAUCAGAAAAGAUUUGGAAGUUCUCAAUGAAAUAUCAGCAUCUUCCAAACCGAGUAAGUACAAGAAUGUUCCAAUUUGGGCCCAAAAAUGGAAACCAACUAUUAAGGCUCUUCAAAGUAUAGAUAUGAAAGAUCUUAAAAUUGACCCAUCUUUUCUGAACAUUAUUCCCGAUGAUGACUUGACCAAGUCAGUACAAGACUGGGUUUAUGCUACAAUAUAUUCCAUUGCUCCUGAACUAAGAUCAUUUAUUGAAUUGGAAAUGAAAUUUGGUGUUAUCAUUGAUGCAAAGGGACCAGACCGCGUUAACCCACCUGUUUCUUCGCAAUGUGUUUUCACUGAGCUUGAUGCACAUCUAACUCCUAAUAUAGACUCAUCUCUUUUCAAAGAAUUAAGCAAGUAUAUUCGUGGUAUCAGCGAGGUUACUGAAAAUACCGGUAAAUUCAGUAUAAUUGAAUCUCAAACAAGAGAUUCAGUUUAUAGAGUUGGGUUAUCCACACAAAGGCCAAGAUUCUUAAGAAUGAGUACCGAUAUUAAGACCGGGAGAGUGGGUCAAUUUAUAGAAAAAAGGCAUGUGGCCCAGCUACUACUAUAUUCACCAAAAGAUAGUUACGAUGUUAAAAUUUCUUUGAACCUGGAAUUACCUGUACCUGAGAAUGACCCGCCAGAAAAAUAUAAAUCUCAAAGCCCGAUUAGUGAAAGAACAAAAGAUCGUAUUAGUUACAUUCACAAUGAUUCCUGUACACGAAUUGAUAUCACGAAAGUAGAAAACCACAAUCAAGGUUCGAAAAGCAGACAAUCAGAGACAACUCACGAAGUCGAACUGGAAAUUAAUACGCCUGCGCUGUUGAACGCAUUUAAUAAUAUAACAAAUGACAGUAAAGAAUAUGCCUCUCUCAUCAGAACCUUUUUAAAUAACGGUACAAUCAUUAGAAGAAAAUUGUCGUCUUUAUCGUAUGAAAUCUUUGAGGGCUCUAAGAAAGUCAUGUAA